AUGGGACUAACAAUCAGAGGAGCCAGGAUCGCAUCGCGCAUUUCCAGAACAUCGCUAUGGACAUCACAAUGCCGCAGCGCAUCUCGAGCCACAUACACAGUGCCCAUUACCCAACCGCCGUCCGAGGACAAGCACUGGCACAUCCCGACGCUGGACGAAUGUCCUUCACCGACGUGCCAAUGCAGAGAAACGCCUCCGGGGUUGGACAUUGAUCGCGAGAGCAAGCUCAACGGGACCAUGCCGGCGUAUGCUGAGCAGGUCAUCAUCUCGACAGGCCGAACAGAUUGGAAGAGCAGGAUACAAGAGGACGAGGAUAGCGCGCUAGUGAACCAGCUGGCCAAGCUGACUGGGCCCAAGGGCAAGUUCUUUGACCCAACCCAUGGUGCUGUGUCUGUCAUCAACUCGUCAAUCCCGCCGACACCCUCCGAAGACGCCGAGCCAUCGACACAAGCCGCGCAAAAGGCAAACACAGUACCCGCCGCCAAACCUGGCUCCGACCCAGACAUCGUUCCUCAAGAGGUACCCAAAACAGGACCCGCAUCUGCCUUCCUCUUCCCCAGCUUCCAAUACGUUCCCAGUAUCCCUACCGAUGACAGCGGCGUCGAAGCCUUCGUCAAAGGAUUCGUUCUGCCUGCGCCUCUACAAACAUCCAAUGAACGCCUGACCAGGGCACAAAAGAACACGAUUUUGCAUGCACCCGACGCGCGCAAAGAAUUCCCCGGAGCGCGGUCGGUUCACGAGAUUGUCGUCUUGAUCUGCGGUCAUGGUGGACGCGAUGUAAGAUGUGGAACCAUGGGCCCGAUUCUGCAGGCAGAGUUCGAGGACAAGCUGGAGAGACAAAACAUUCCCAUCAUCCGCGAUGCACCACCUCACAACACGGUGCAGCCGGAUUACUCGAUCGAGGAGUACCAGCCAGCAGCAAGAAUUGGGCAGAUCUCACACAUUGGAGGCCACAAGUGGGCAGGCAAUGUGAUUGUAUACAUCCCACCCAGCUUCAAGACCAACCCUCUGGCAGGCUGUGGUAUUUGGUAUGGAAGAGUGGAGCCUCAGCACGUCGAGGGUAUUGUCGGCAAGACAUUGAUCGAUGGCAAGGUCAUAAAGAGCCUCUUCCGAGGCGGCAUCCGCGAGGGCGGCGAGAUCCUCAGGCUCGACCUGGAUUAG